AAUUGACAGUCUUUCGUUCUUUCCAAACCUCACAAAGUUUACGCUCAAAUAUCUACACAAAUCAAUUUCUGUAGCUGUUUGAUACACCCACAAAAAAAAAAAAGAAAAAAAAAAGGGUGUUAUUAUAUAUAUAUUCUCAUUCAGUUGUUCAAAUAUGGCUUCUUCUGUUAUUCUCCAUGAGCUUUGCUCCAUUUCACUGCACUCCCCAAAAUGUUACAAAAACCAAACCCGGGCUCUGACCCACUCCCAGUUUCUUUCCUCCAAUUCAUUUUUGAAGCUAAAGAAACAAUCUUUGCCCUCAAGCAUCCAUGUUCGGAACCCAAGCCAAAAGUCUGGGUCAGCAGCCAUUGUCUUUGCUGCACAGACCAACAUUUUGAAAGCACUUCAAACAGUGUGGAAGGUUGGCAGGGAUGGAAUUGAGGCAGGAACCAACCUGGUGCCUGAUUCUGUACCAAGGCCAAUGGCAAGGAUUUCUGUCACAGUAGUUGCACUGAGUGUUUCGCUCUUUGUGCUCAAGUCUUUCCUGUCUACAGUUUUCUUUGCGCUGGCUACGAUGGGACUGGUAUAUUUUGCAUUCAUAGCCUUGAAUAAAGAUAAAGAUGAAGGGCCAAAAGGGGGUGGAGGCACCACCUCUACAGAGGAUUCUCUGGAAGAAGCAAAAAGAAUAAUGGAAAAGUACAAGUAACAACAGAAAGAGUGUAUGCUGGUUCUCAAUGGUGAAUUUAAAAAGGCUACAGUUUUAUCAUGUAAAGUUGAGGGUGUGCACUGAGAAGAGGAAAAAAGGAAUGCAAAUUAUUUGUUUUUUUUUUUUUUUUUUAUCCUUUGCCCUAUUGGUUAUACAAGUAUCUUUAUGAACACGAGAUGCCCCUUUAAAUUACUUAAAUCAUAUCUG